AAACCAUUGAAAAAAAAAAAAAAAAGAAACAAAGAUUUCAUUGUUUAAGCAGUCUUGUCAUUGAAAUAUUUCAAAAGGACAAAAAAAAACAAAUAUGCUGAAUUAUCCGAAAUUAUUCGUAAAUCAUGUAAGAUCGUUGGCAAUGCCUUCUCUACUGAGUAAUGCAAAUUCUUUAUUACAACAAACUCGAAAUACUUUCAUCCUCAAAAGGAGAUAUCCUAUAAGACUUCACAAAAAAAAUUGCAAGCCCCAUUUAUUAAAGUCAAGACACUUUAUUUACGACCUUGUCGAGGAUACAAAUGUGAAAAAGAAAGAGCCAAUUAAUUUGAUUUUAACACAAUAUGUAAAAGGACUUGGUAAUGCGGGAACUCAGUUGACAAUGCCUCCAUACAAAGCAUAUUAUAAACUUUUAUUGCCACGAUUCGCAGAUUAUGCUACUCCUGAAAACAUUAUGAAAUACACAAAAUUGGCAGAGGAUCUAGGAGACCAGACGCCAUUUAGCUCUGCCAUUGUUGAGAGCACAAUAAAAUAUUUAUCAGAUAUGCGCUUAAUGGUCGAUAUGUCAAAAGGCAUACCAUGGACAUUAGAGAAAUGGCAUAUAAAGGUGAACUUCCUUAAAGCCGGUAUCCACGCACCCGAGAAUACUAUAACAAUACCCGAGAAACCGAUAUCUGGUCCGAAUCCGGACAUAGAAGGAAAGGAGUUUUACGUGACCCUUACGAUUAAUAAUCGUGAACAAGUGAAGGUGAGAUGUCGUCUGAAUCAUCGGUCACCAAACAUGCAAAUGGAAGAUAUUGAACUUUUAAACACACCGGGUGAACCAAUAUUCCCUGAGGAUAAACCAAUUUUAGACUCCCUGCCACCCUUCCGGAUAAUAAAGAACACGAAAACAUAGGAUUUAUUGUAUGUUUAUUGUAUUAUAACAGAAAUAAAUAUUUAAAGAGGA